AUGUCCUCCACCGAGACUGCCUCCCCCAUUGGCAUUGCCAACCUCCCCAAUCAGCGGCACAAGAUUGUCGCCAAGCGGGGUGCGGCCUUCACUAUCAUGGUCGCUGGUGAAUCCGGCUUGGGAAAGACCACCUUUAUCAACACUCUGUUCUCCACCACCAUCAAGAACUACGCCGACCACAAGCGCCGUCAUCAGAAGCAGAUUGACCGCACCGUCGAAAUUGAGAUCACCAAGGCUGAGCUGGAAGAGAAGUUCUUCAAAGUCCGCCUGACCGUCAUUGAUACCCCCGGAUUCGGAGACUAUGUCAACAACCGUGACUCUUGGCAACCCAUCAUUGAGUUCCUUGACGACCAGCAUGAGUCGUACAUGUUGCAAGAGCAGCAGCCUCGCCGUACGGACAAGAUCGAUAUGCGUGUGCAUGCCUGCCUGUACUUCAUCCGCCCCACCGGACACACCCUGAAGCCCCUCGACAUUGAGGUCAUGAAGCGCUUGAGCUCCCGUGUCAACCUUAUCCCCGUUGUUGCCAAGGCGGAUACCCUCAGCCCCUCGGACCUGGCCGUUUACAAGCAGAGAAUUCGUGCUGUCAUCGAGGCCCAGGGCAUCAAGAUCUACACCCCUCCCGUCGAGGAGGACGAUGAGCAUGCCGCUGCUCACGCGCGCACCCUCACGGCUGCCAUGCCUUUCGCUGUUAUCGGAUCCGAGAAGGACGUCAAGACUACCGACAACCGGGUCGUUAAGGGUCGUCAAUACGCUUGGGGUGUUGCCGAAGUUGAGAACGAGGAUCACUGCGAUUUCAAGAAGCUCCGCUCGAUUUUGAUCCGCACCCACAUGCUCGAUCUCAUCCACACUACCGAAGAGCAGCACUACGAGGCCUACCGCGCACAGCAGAUGGAAACCCGCAAAUUCGGCGAGGCCCGCCCCAGGAAGCUGGACAACCCCAAGUUCAAGGAAGAAGAGGAGAACCUGCGCAAGCGUUUCACCGAGCAGGUCAAGGUCGAGGAGCAGCGGUUCCGCCAGUGGGAGCAGAAGCUCAUUGCAGAGAGGGAUCGCCUCAACAAGGAUCUGGAGGCCACCCAUGCUGCGAUCAAAUCGCUCGAGCAGGAAAUCGAAGGGCUGCAGGGCUCUUCUACUCGCAGCCAUGGACGUCGUUAA